AGAAGAAAUGAUGCAGUACACUCUUUUAGCUAGCUAGUCUUAUGAAGCUGAGAUGAGAUGUGUUCUGUGAGCAGUCUCCAACAUCUUUAAGGAUAAGAACUGAGCAGAGGUAUAUUGUUUAUAAAAUAAAAGAGACAUCUGCUAGCUUCAUGGAUCAAUUGCAGCUAUCUCCUUGCAGCUAGCUUGCUGAAUAGGUCCAAGUAAAGCUAGCUAGUGACCAUCCUGUCAGGCUAACAGUCGCAUAUCCUUUUUCACCACAAGACGACGCAGCAUCAAUCAACUCACGACUGAUUUAAGAUUGUUGGUUGUGAAGCACCACCUGUCCUCCAUGGCUUCAUCAGAGGUCAGCAUGCAGGAAAUGAGUGAGGUUGUGAUUGUGACCAUACCAGAAGGUGUGGGCGAGGAGGAGGAUAAAGCCGUCCUGAUGACUUCAGGGCUGACCUCUCAGCCAGGGGAGGAUGUCCUCACAGUAGCACCUGUGGAAGCAGAAGCUGAGGGCAGCAGAUCAGAUUCACUGUCGAAGGAAGAGGCAGUCAUUGUGAAGUUAACUGAGGAGGUGGACGUGGAAGCUGAUAUCUUCUACCCAAUCACCUGCGGAGACACCAAAGCUACGCUGGUCUGGAAGAAGUUUGUCUGUCCUGGGAUCAAUGUCAAAUGUGUCCAGUUCAAUGAGCAGCUCAUCAGCCCGAAGGAGUUUGUGUGUUUAGCAGGGAAAUCCACUCUGAAGGACUGGAAGAGAGCCAUCCGCCUCAACGGCACCAUGCUCAGGAAGAUCAUGGACUCAGGUGAACUGGACUUCUACCAGCAUACAAAGGUCUGCUCCAACACCUGCCGCAGCACUAAGAUAGACCUGGUGGGAACUAAAGUGUCCAUCAGCAGUGAUCAGUCUGCUGACCUGGUCCCUGCCACCCCCACAUCAGCUGACUUGAACGGAGCCGCAGCCUCGUUUCAUGAGGUGACAGAGGAAACUUCAGAGUGGGUCACAGCCAUCGGAGAGGACUCUGUGGUGUUCUGGCGUGCAGUGAAGGAGGCAGGGCUGCUGGAGGAGGUGGUGGAGGACUUCCAGAAGGAGCUGCAGGAGGUGCUGAAGGGGCUGCAGGAGAGAGUGUGUGACCCACCACUACAGGUCAAAGAUGCAGUUUUGCUCAACAAUAUAGUGCAGAACUUUGGGAUGUUGGACCUGGUGAAGAAGGUUCUGGCCAGUCAUAAGAGCCAGAUGGACCGAUACAGAGAGCAGUACACUCGCAGCCUGGCUGCUCUGGAGCAGCAGUGUGAUGAGCAUAGGAAGCGAGCCAAGGAGCUGAAGAGCAAAUCCCAGCACCUCAACAACGUCCUGAUGACCCUUCCCCCGGUUCCUACACCCCCCGCGCCCAAGCGCCCCCGGCUGACCCGUGCCGUCUCCGGCCCGGCCGUGGUCAGCACUACUCCCACCCAGAUCACUCUGCCUCUCAACCAGCUGACCAGCCUGCCGCUGGGCAAGGUGCUGACCAUGGCGGGAGCCCCGGCCAGCACCAACCUGGGCGGGUACACCUUCGUGACCUCCACGCUCUCUGGGUCAGAGCUGGUGGCCGACUCUUCUAACCUGACUGUGCUGUCCACGGCGGCGGGUCAGGAGGGCGCAGCCAGCGCCAGCGGCUCCGCAGCCUCCACGGCCUUCGUUAAGGUGGUCGGCCCUCAGUUCCAACUGGUGACGCUGCCAGCCACGCUGCAGAGCUUGGCCACCACUCAGGGCGCCGCCGUCCAACAGCAGGUGGGCAGCAUCAGUGUGGUGGAUGCCACGGCGACUACCGAUGAUUCACAAGAGAAACAGCAGGCCGAUGGUGAUAAUGAAGGUCAGCCAGAGCAGGUUAAAGAGGAGGAUGAGGAGCAGUUGGCUGAGCAGCAGUGAGACAAAGGACAGCUGUGCUCUCUCCUGUGUCUCUGCUUGUAUUUGCCUUUAUUUCUUGCCCACACUUUGCAUUGUGUUCAUUUGUUGCUUUUAAAUGUCCUUCAACUUUCAGGGCACCUAGAUUUGUGUUAGAGUGGCGUCUGGAGUCAGGCGUGUGGGUUUUGAUGAGUGAUUUCACUGUAAAUAUGUAUUUGUACCUAAUAUAUUUGAUACAGUGGUAUGGACUUGUUCCAUGUUCAGUCAGGUUUAUUCCCUGACCUGAUGCUCAGUUUUCGAGAACAAAGUGUGCAUUGUUUUAUAUUGUAAAUAUGAAUAUUUUCAUUCGUGUGUAACUGAUGUGUACAGGGAAUUUUGUUUUUGUUUUUGUAUCUCAGCCUUGAAUGUGAGGAGAAAAAGAUUUUAAAUUCAAUAAGAAAGUCGUCACUUACUAGCUUUUUCAGGAAGUUUCAGUUCCAUCUCACUGUCCUCAUCACAUGGAGUUUGAUCAGCUGUCAUGGAAGUGUGUCAGCUGUGUUCAGCUGAGCCUUACUGAUUCUAAAUUCAUUAAGAACAAUGAGGAGAAUAAAGGACCAGUGAUUUGCUGCUUACAUUCACUGUACUGUUGUUAAAUGAUAUUGACCAUCUGUUGGUAGAAACAUUUCCCAGGCCAGUCAGAUAAAUUCAGCAGGAGUGAUCAGAGCAUGAUCGUGCUGCAGACACACUGAGGCCUCGUUACAUCCGCUGACAUUGUGCUUUAGUUCUGUUGUAUCUUCCAAAUACCAAAAACAAA